AUGCCUCUCAUUGCCGUAUUCGGGGCUACUGGAGCCCAAGGAGGCUCUGUUGUGGACCAAUUGUCAAAGGAUCCACGGUGGGUUAUUCGGGGCAUCACGCGUGAUGCCAACAGCGAAAAAGCAAGAUUGCUAGUAUCAAAGGGAGUACAAGUCGCCAACGCCGACAUGAACGACGAGUCUAGCCUUGUUAAAGCACUCCAGGGAGCAGAAGCCAUCUUUGCGGUGACUGCGAUCACGUGGGAAUCUAUAACCCAACUUGGGGUAGAGGGUACGGGCGAGCAAGAGAUGAAUCAGCUUAUAAAUGUGGCCCGCGUGGCUGCAGAGUCACCGGAUUUGAAACACUUUAUCAUAAGUACGCUACCACGGUCUUAUGAGAUCUCGAACGGACGCCACAAGCUACCACACUUUGACUACAAGCAAAAGGCCAUUGACUGGAUCAGAGUCAACACACCGGGUCUUUGGGCGAAAUCGACAGAGUUCUGGGCAGGGUGGUACGUAUCAAACUUGCAUACAAUGCCAUUGAUGCAAUUUAGAAGGCUGCCCAUGUCAGAGGCGCAUGUUCUUAUGCUCCCGGCCUCAUCUUCGGUGGUUCUUCCCAUCGCUGGCGACUUGCAGACCAACUGUGGUAUUAUCGUUGAUGGCAUCUUGACGGCAGGUUCCAAGGCAUUUGAUAAGAUUGCCAUUUGCAUUACAGAUUAUUGUCUCUUGAGAGAUGUGGUUGCCUGUUUCGAGCAAGUCACUGGCAAGCCGGCAGUCUUCGUGGAAGUUUGCGAGUCGUCCUGGCAAAAGCUCUGGGGCCUCUCUGGCUUGGGGUUUGCUGCUCAGCUUCAGUUUAGCAAAUCGCAUUCUAACUGGCACCAUUUUGAAACCGACAGGGUCAUCACAUUGGAUGACCUAGGGGUGAGGGAAAAGUUGGUGGACUUUAGGCAAGCACUGGCGGCAGCAAAGGAAAAGAUCCUUUGA